AUGAUCCCAGUCAAAGUGGAAUCGGUUAGUAGCUGGAUAGAGGAGCUUGUGACAGCUACUCGGCUGAGAAAUAGCUACAGGAACAGAUCAUUGGAUAAGUCAGUGUCUAUGCUUCAGAAGCAGCUCUCUGUUAAACAGAGCUCUCAACCGAUUGUUGAUGUCUCAACAACAAAUACUUCGACAGAAGGAAACCAAAGGAAGAAAGUUUUCAUGGUGAUUGGUAUCAACACUGCAUUUAGCAGUAGAAAACGUCGUGAAUCUCUUAGAGAGACUUGGAUGCCUCAGGGGGAAAAGCUUGAGAAAUUGGAAAAAGAUAAAGGAAUUGUCGUCAAAUUCAUGAUUGGACACAGUCCGACACCACAUAGUAUAUUGGAUAAGGAAAUUGAUUCAGAAGAUGCUCAAUACAAAGAUUUCUUUAGGCUGGAUCAUGUGGAAGGAUAUUAUAAUCUGUCUGCGAAAACAAAAAGCUUCUUCUCCAGUGCAGUUAGAACGUGGGAUGCUGAGUUUUACGUCAAGAUUGAUGAUGAUGUUCAUGUCAAUCUUGGUAUGCUUGCUUCUACAUUAGGUAUGCACCAUCAUAAGCCGAUGGUCUACAUUGGAUGUAUGAUAUCCGGACCUGUUCUUACUCAAAAGACGUCCAAGUAUCGUGAACCAGAGUUUUGGAAAUUUGGAGAGGAAGGUAAUGAAUAUUUUCGACAUGCUACAGGACAAAUCUAUGCCAUCUCAAAGGAUCUUGCCACAUACAUAUCUAACAACCAGCCAAUUUUACACAAGUAUGCAAAUGAAGAUGUGACACUCGGGUCAUGGUUAAUUGGUCUUGAGGUUGAGCAUAUCGAUGAUCGUAAUUUCUGUUGUGGUACACAUCGAGAUUGUGAAAUGAAGGCAGAGGCUGGUGAAGUGUGUGUGGCGUCUUUUGACAGGAAGUGCAAUGGGAUAUGCAAAUCUGUCGAUAGAAUGUGGACCGUUCAUGUGAUGUGUGGAGAAGGUGAUAAAGCCGUGUGGGAUGCAAAUUAUAACUUUCUUAGAUAAGAAAAUGUAAUAAGAGGAGAUGAACAUUUUGUUUUUGUAAAGAACCAAAAGGUAUACAAAUCCGCUUACUUGAGAA